AUGGGAUCCCCUGUUGUUCGCGCGAUGCGUAGGAGUAGAUACGGCAACAUCACGACGAGGCGUAUCUCCACACACAGCGCCGACGUCCGUCAAGCUCUCGCCGACCGCAUCUACUACUCCAGGUCCGCCUCGAGCAGGUCCCACCCCUCGUCCUCCUCCACGAUCCGCUCCGUGCGCACCUCCCGCCCGACGCCCUUCCCGCGCGCCCUCGCCCGCGCAGGCGCCGCCGCCGCCGUCUGCAGCAGCUGUGCAAAGUCGGGCGGGAACUCGGGCGGCGUCGGCGGCGGGAGUGUCGGGCGCUUCGCGUCCGCGCGGCGACCGAGCUCCGGCGAGCAGCAGACGGCCCACAGGGCGGUCAACGAGGACGACCAAAAAAACGCGCUCCCGGGCGAGGAGGCGCUCGGGGGCGGGCCGUCCGCGAGGUGCGAGUCCGCGAGCGAGGCGCUGAGCGCGGAGGGGCGUGUGGAGGAAGUGGGGGAGGUGGGCGCGCCGGAGGAGGCUGCGGAGGUUGCUGAGCGGGUGGGGGAUCGACGAGACGACGAGGGGGAGGACGUGGGUGAGGGUACUGGUGCGGCGGGAGGUGCGGAGGUAACGUGUAACGGCGUUUGGUGGACCAUCUACGGACGAUUCAGGACAUGGGACGUGGGGGAGACUGUGGUGCUCGCCUAA